GCCAGGACCCACUCCCACCUCAUCUGGGAUUGCUCGGCAUUUGCACUGUCACAGUAAGGUGUUGCCCAGCUGUGUCAUGAGGGUCCACGGCCUCACCCUGCUCUCCAUCCUCUUCCUGGCUGCUCAGGUGCUCUCAGAAAAAGGCAAACAUGGAGCCGAAAGCACACAGCACAGCAUGUCUAACAGGGGACAAUCAGCCCCUCUGGAAAAGGCCCAGCAUAAGCAGAGGAGCAGGACAUCCAAGUCUAUGACCAACGGCAAAUUUGUCACCAAAGACCAAUCCACCUGCAGGUGGGCCGUGUCUGAGCAAGAGCAGGGCAUCACCAUGAAGGUGGAAUGUACUAGGACAAACAAGGAAUUUUCUUGUGUCUUUGCUGGCAACCCCACUGAAUGCUUGAGGCACAACAAAGAGAAAGUCUACUGGAAACAAAUUUCUAGGACACUGCGCAAAGAGAAAAACAUCUGUGGGAACGCCAAGAGCGUCCUGAAGACCAGGGUAUGCAAAAAGAAGUUUCCAGAAUCGAAUCUCAAGCUCAUAUCCCCUGCCCCGCUUGGUAACGUGAAGCCUAGGAAGGAGGAAGCAGAGCUCUCCCCUAGGGAGCCAGAAAAGGUCAAAGGGGACCCCUCUAGCCCAGCGGUGACCCCAACCAUGACCAUCAAAAAUUCUGAGUGUGUGGAGGACCCGGAUGUGGCAAACCAGAAGAGGAUCGCCCUGGAGUUCUGCGGGGAAUCGUGGAGCUCCUUCUGUUCAUUCUUCCUCACCAUGUUUCAGGCCACAUCCUGCUAAUGAGGUCGGAGAACCCCCCCCUCCCCCACCCCACGCUAAGAGAAGCAAAGUCACCUGUCACUCCGCCUGUUGUAAAGCUCUUCACAUUCCUCACGAGAUAUAAACUUUGGGGCUAUAGAAGUGCAGUUAAAUAUUUAAACAAUUUUAUAGUUUUUUUGUUUUUAUGGUACGCAAUUUACCUUAUAUACAAGUGCUUGGACAUGUUUACCUCGACGUGUGCUUCCGUGGCCCACAGAGCUGUGAGCCCAUGAGCAGUCAAGACCUGUCUUCCAGCAGAACAAACCAGAGUGAUUUCAGAGCAAGACAAUUUUU